ACUUGGCUGGCAAGGCUACUCCUCUUAUAUUAAUUGAUUAGGGUGAAUAGGGUUUCUUAGUUAUCCAUUAAGAACGUUAGUGUUUCUCUAUUCAUAAUUCAUGUCUCUAAUUCUCAGCCGGCUGUCGAAGCUCCGUCUUGGGAAAUCUCGAAGAUCAACUCUUCCUCUACUUCUCUCUAAUGGAUUAUCUUCUUCCUUGAGGAAAAAGCAAACCCCUCCUUGUAUAAUCUUAGCUGAACCUUGUGAACCUUAUGAAGCCUUUCUAGGAAAACUCGUCAGAUACAACGUUAAUGAUAGAACCAUGACUAAGUUGGAAAAGAAGGUGCGUGCGGAGUUGGUGUAUAAUGAUAUAUUUGGUACAGUGGUAACGAUCGGGGCAUCUAAUGGAUGGGUAGCUACUUUGAAUGGCAAAGACGGAAUCCUGCGUCUCCAAGAUGAUCUAAACCCGUAUGCAUCGUAUACAGAUCCUAGACGCAUCCCUCUGCCUCCUCUUGUGACUCUUCCACGUUGCCAAACCCAGAUCGUCACCAACGUCUCAAUGUCCUCAUCUUCUCCAGAUGAUGAUGAAGACUGUGUUGUGGCUGUCAAGUUCUUGGGACCUCAGCUCAGUUUUUGCAGACCAGCUCAUAGUAGAAACGAGUGGGUCAACAUCAGGAUCGAUAACCCUUGCUUCUUCUCUUCUCGUGUUAUGUUUUCCAAGAAAGACAACGUGUUUCGCAUUCUCGGAGCUGGAGGCCACAUCAUGGGAUCAUGGGAUCUCCAGAAUCACAAACACAAGAUUCAGAGGUUGCGCUUUGAAAACAUUCCCGAGUUAACCAAGACCACCAACGAGCUUAUGGAUUCGUGCUGCACGUACGAGCACUUAGUGGAGUCAGUAACCACCGGUGAAACUUUCAUUGUCAAACAAUACAAGAAGAGUAGCGAGAUAGACAAAGGUGUUGCCAAAAUGAAAACAGAAAAUUUAAUGGUGUUCAAGCUAGACGGUGAAGGACACGCGGUUCACACUCGAGACAUUGGAGGUCUUGUCAUUUUCCUCUCAAUGUCUGAACCUUUUUGUGUCCCGGCUAGCUCUUUUCCUGACCUGUUCCCUAACAGCGUCGAAAGCUUGGAUGCAUGCGAAAAUGGAUUUUUCGAUCUAGCUGACUACUACGUUGUUACAACUAUUUCUCCAACGGCGGCCCCUUAUUUUAUUCCACCACAGAAUAUAGACUAGUAAGUCUUACAAGUAAUAGUCAAAGACAUGCAUCCACAGUUAAAAGCUUUGAUAUAUUAAUAUUCACUAGCAGAUUCCGCUAU